GUUUAGGUCAAUCGGUCAGUGCUGAAGCCCCGCGUGAACUGUGUAUAUUACUAAUAUCGCACUUAAAAUAGCAAAACAAUCUAAAUGACUGGGUUGUUAUUUUUGUAGACAUCUAACACAUAUAGAUCGCCAGCACGUUGGUUUCAAAACAGGCUUAUUUGUCUCUGUUUAGGAGGAAAUAAUUCAGCAAAGCUAGCAGAAGUAGCAGCAGUAGUGGACUUGAAUAACAGGAGGAGUCGCUUUACACGUUGGCUGUCACUAGAUCGACUGCCAGUUAACACGUCAAAUACCAUAUUCCGCACUCGUCCGCGGUGUGUAUCGGUUUUCAAACAGUCAGAAAACUCUGCUCAAUCUGUCGUUUAUGGGAUCACCAUGUCCAUGAAGCCGCAGGCCGGUGGUAAUCGCAAACCCGGCGGAAGCAACAGCGGAGCCGCUGCGGCCUCUGGCACCGGGGGAGCAGGAGGAGCCGGUGGACGCCAAAACAUAGGCAGAGGACGCAACAAUGCCAAAGGACCCUCCACGGCAGUGACCUUCAGUGGAGUUUAUGCAAACAUGAGGAUGGUUCAUGUUUUGACCUCAGUUGUGGGAACCAAAUGUGAACUUAAGGUCAAAAAUGGCCUUAUCUAUGAAGGGGUUUUUAAAACCUAUGGCCCAGAGUGUGAUAUUGUCCUGGAUGCAGCACACAGAAAGGGUGUAGAGCCUAGCAUUGGGCCUCGCCGUGAAGAUAUUGUAGAGAGCAUUAUAUUCAAAUCCUCAGAUGUAGUGGUGGUGCAUUUUAAAGAUGUAGACCUCAACUAUGGCAAGAAAGUCUCAUCGGAUGCAGAUAACUUCACAGACAGUGCAGUCAGUGCUCGACUGAAUGGGGAGCACAAAGAAAAGGAUCUGGAACCCUGGGAUGGAGGAGAGCAGCACGUCUCAGGCAGUCUGGAAUCUCUCGACACUGAUGUGUCAAAUGGUUGGGAUCCUGACGAGAUGUUUAAAUACAAUGAGGAGACCUACGGUGUGAAGUCCACCUAUGACAGCAGCUUGUCUUCAUAUACGGUGCCCUUGGAGCGAGAUAACUCGGAGGAGUUCCUCAAGCGUGAGGCUCGAGCAGCACAGCUGGCAGAGGAGAUCGAAGCCAGUGCCACAUACAAGGCCCGUGUGGCACUGGAGAAUGACGACCGCUCAGAGGAAGAGAAAUUCACUGCUGUUGUCCGUGGAGAGAGAGAACUUCACAGCAUCAACAGGGAGAACAAAUACAUUCCUCCUAGUCAGAGAAACAGAGAAUCAGGGAUAUCAUGGGGAGCUGGUCGUCAAAAUUCACCCAGACUGGUUCAGUGUAGCCCUGGGCCUCCCACAUCCAGAUCUGGUCCUCACGACUACAGCUCAAUGGAUCAGCGUGUGGUUAAUGGAGGUGUUCAUCCUUGGCCCACACGCUGCCCAUCUCCCUCCUCCUGCCCUCCGUCCCGUUACCUGUCAGGCCCCACCAAUUCUCUUCCACCCCGGGCGGCCACGCCCACCCGGCCUCCCUCCAGACCCCCAUCCAGGCCCUCUCGGCCCCUGUCUAACCCCUCUGCACAUGGCUUCUCAGGGCCAAUGUCCAUCAUGCCCAAACACCUGUCCUCAGAAGGUCCUCCAAGAAUGUCUCCCAAGUCACAGCGGACCCCUAGACCUCAUAGAGGGGCCUCUUGUCGAGGCGGUGGGCCUCCUACAGUGGAUUUCAUGUCCCAAGGUGCACCGGUGGAGGUUUCGACUCCCCCUCCUGCUCGCAACAGUCCUUCUGGAGGAACCUGGUCAUCUGUAGUCAGUGGUGCACACAGACCUCGUUCUCCACGACAGAAUAGCAUUGGUGGAGGAGCUCCAAGCCCCUCCUCCUUGUCUUCCCCUCUGGCUGGCACAGUUCCAGUAGACUCUGUCACAGUUUCCACAACAGCGACGUCACCCAUAGCAGCCAACCCAGCUACCAACAUGGAAGCAUCUCCAAUAGAGGAGGCCAAAGAGUCAAGAAUACUAGAGACGAGGCAGAAUUCUCCUAAUGCCAACAAGGAGAAUGUGAAGCCUAUUGAUGGUUCUCAAAGCAUUGCUCGAUCCAUCAACAAAGGACCCAGCAUGGCUCCAGACCACAGGAAACAAAUAGAUAAUUUGAAGAAAUUCAGUGUAGAUUUUAGGUUGCAGUCUAGCUCAAAUCCAGAUCCAGUAUUUGAGCCCAUGGGGACCAAGUCUCCACGCGACCUGGCAGACAAGCCAAAAGAUCAACCAGCUGAGAAGAGUGCAGUAGAUGAGCCCAAAGUAUCCAUGGAGUCCUGUGCUAGUGAAGAAGCCUCCUCUCCUGUUCCUGUCAGUGCUGCCCCAACAGGAAGUAAAUGUGGUUCUCCCGCUGCUGUAGCAGAGCAGAAACGAGUGCCUGAUGUGACAUCUCAAGGUGUCCAGACCACCUCGACUCUGGCCAGUGCCGUUGCAAAAGACAAAGAUGACAAGGAGGAAAGGAACGACUCUGUAGCAGAGAGUGUUAGAAAAUCUACUCUCAAUCCCAAUGCCAAGGAGUUCAACCCAAGGGUUUUUUGCUCCCCUCCCAAACCAGCUACAACUCCCACUCUGACCCGGCCCCAAGGUCAGCCCAGCCCUUCCAUAGUAGUGCAGCAACCCCCUAACGUCUAUGGCCAGACCAUGUUCCAGAUGUACCCUCUGACCCCUGUCAGUCCUGGUGUACAGAAAAGCAUUAUCUGGAAGCCUCCGGCCAUGUACCAUGUUCAGGUUCCCCAUAUGACCAUGAGCCAGACCAAGCCCUACAGACCAGGUAAAGUACCGAACAUGCCACAGCAAAGACCAGACCAGCAUCACCCACAUGGCACGACUGCAAUGAUGCAUCCAGCGACAGCUGCUGGGCCGCCCAUUGUGGCGCAAAACCCGGCCUACUCCACCCAAUACUUUACUUGUAGCCCCCAACAAUUUGCUAGUCAACCUCUGCUACAUCAGAUGCCCCACUACCAGUCCCAGGCCCAGCAUGUGUUUAGUCAAAUGAUUCAGGGUGGUGCGAGGAUGAUCACCCCUCCUGGCCAUGCUCAGCCCAGCCUGGUUUCUUCCUCCACCAAUCAGUAUGGUGAGCAGACGCAUACUAUGUAUGUGUCACCUACCCCAAUUCCCCAGCAGUUUCAGCACCCCAACUCUACCCUGCACCACCACCCACAGCACCCUCAGCCAUCUGCCACCCCGACAGGACAGCCUCAGCAGGGUAGCCAGCACGUAGGCAACCACCCAGCCCCCAGCCCCGUUCAGCAUCCCCAGCACCAGGCGGCUGCCGCAGCAGCCCAGGCCAUGCACCUGGGCAACCCACCACAGCAGCAGAUGUACUCUGGCCUGGCUCACACACCACCCUCCAUGACCCCAGGCCCCAACCCUCAGUCUCCUCAAGCCAACUUCCCGACUGCCCAGCAGGCCGUAUACAUCCACCCUCAGCAGGUGCAGCAUGGGUACAAUCCUAACCAUAUGGCUCAUGUGCAGCAGGCCCACAUGCAGUCAGGGAUGCUGCCUCCACAUCACGGCAAUCCCUCCCAUCCCCCCACCAUGAUGUUGAUGGCCACACAGGCAUCUGCUGGCCCCCAGCCUGCGCUGCCCCAGGGCACUCUCAACCACAUCCCUGUGUCCUCAGCCACACAUUACUCAUACACACUCACCCCUGUGCAAGCUCACCACCAUCAGCAGCAGCUGUAGAGGACAGAGAACAGCAAUCGUGUUGAGUGGCACUUGGUCCUUGCAGAACCAUCUGGCUCCGCCCACUACCUACUGGCCAACCAAUCUUUAUCUUUCUCUAAUAUCCCCUAAAUGGCCACAUUAAUCAUGCUGUUUAACUGCUAUCCACCACCAGUGAAUAAGAAACGCUAACAGACAAAGAUGUGGUGAACUGUGGCUUUUAAAAAAAAAAAAAAAAAGAAACGUUUUAACAAGGAGUUAUUUUUCAUAUGAUUCAGUUACAUUAGAACUCUUGCAUUGGUUCCUAACAAUAAUAAAAAGCCCAGAUGAGUGAGAAAA